CCCGGCUGGGAGGUUGCGAGCGAGAGGAGCACCUGGCCUCUGGAGGCUGUGCCGGCCCGCGGCCCGGGGGACCCAGGACGCCUCGGGGCUGGAGGCACCUGCCCCUUCCCCAGGACUCAAGGCCUGGCCCACCAGCUCAGCUCUUCCCACCUCACCCUGAACUUUGAGGACUCUGGCUUGGUUUGAUGCAGCAGCAGCAGUCACAGCAGCAGCAGGAAGGAGCAGGGCCACUGCUUAUGGACUUGGAGACCCCAGAAGAGAUGCAGGCCCGGAACCUGGGCAGAACCAUCAAAUCCUCGAAGCUUCAGGUUCGUCAGAUCCUAGCGGAGUAUGAGGCCCUGGAUAGGGAGCUCCCGUGCAUCCGAAAGUUCCCCAGCCCACCUCCAGCCCAGCCCCUCUGCUUGUGUAUGGAGACUGCGCCUGAGAACGACUUCACCCACCUGGACUUGCUGAAUGCCCUGGAGGCUGAGGUGCCAGGCGCCCUAGAAAGUGGGCGCGUGAGCAGCAUCCGGUUUGAGAACAUGAACGUCAUCUGUGGGACAGCUGGGCGCAAGGACCGGUGGCUCAUCGUGGUCACGGACUUCCAGACCCGCUCCCGCCUGCUGCGCUCGGGGCUCCGCCCCCGCGGGAUCCCCCACCCUCUAGCGCGCCACGACGAACUCUUGCUCGGAGACUACCGCCUGCACCUGCGCCGAGCCCUGGCCCGACGGCGCAUGCUCGAGGCCCUGGGGGCGGGGCCCACCGAGGAAGACUGA